UCGGGCGGCGCGGGCCGGGUGUGCGUGGCCGUGCUGGGGGACCUGGGCCGCAGCCCGCGGAUGCAGUACCACGCGUUGGCGCUGGCCCGGCACGGGCGCGAGGUCGCUCUGCUGGGCUACCUCCGUGAGUGAGGGGCGGCCGGGGCGCGGGGCCGGGCGGGGCGGCCGCGCCGCUGACCGCGCUCUCCCCCCGCAGAGAGCCGGCCGCACCGGGACGUGCUGCGCUGCCAGAACAUCCGGCUGGUGCCCGUGGCGGAGCUGAGCGGGCUGCGAGGAGCCGCUGGAGUUAAACACCUGCCAGUACAUUGGUGCUGUUCACUGCACAGUGAAAUAGAGGCAGAAUGAAAAUAAUUUCCCUUUCUCCCCCACCUUGUGUUUAGCCCUGAUGCCCAGAGCAGCCGUGGCUGCCCCUGGAUCCCUGGCAGUGCUCAAGGCCAGGACACUGGGGCUUGGAGCAGUCUGGGGCAGUGGAAGGUGUCCCUGGACAUGGCAGGGGGUGGAAUGAGAUGAGCCUUAAGGUCCCUUCCAACCCAAACCAUUCAAUGAGUGUAGGAUUUCUUUCCAUACAAAAUACAGAAUGAGUAUUUGUAGGAACCACGAGAUGUUUACGUGGCUUUAUAGUGAUCAUAAAAUAAAAUCACAAAGGUUGGAAAAGCCCUCUAAGAACAUUGAGUUCAACCAUUCCGCCAGCACUGCCAAGGCCACCACUAAAACAUGUCCCCAGAUGCCACAUACACUUUUAAAUCCCCCAAGGCAUGGGGACCCCCUCACUGCCCUGUGCAGCUUUGCCACUGCCUGACCACCCCUUCCAUGAAGAAAUGUUUCCAAUAUCCAACCUAAACCUCCCCUGGCACAGCUUGAAGCCGCUUCCUCUCCUGCUGUCCGUGUUCCCUGGGAGCAGAGCCUGACCCCCCCCCAGCUGUCCCCUCCUGUCAGGUGUUGUGCAGAGCCACAAGGGCCCCCCUGAGCCUCCUUUUCUCCAGGCUGAGCCCCUGCCCAGCUCCCUCAGCCCCUCCUGGUGCUCCAGCCCCUUCCCAGCUCUGUUCCCUUCCCUGGACCCCCUCCAGCCCCUCAGUGUGUGCCUUGGAGUGAUCCAGCCUGUCCAGAUCCCUCUGCAGAGCCUUCCCACCCUCAAGUGGUGCCAUCUCCAAACUUGCUGAGGGUGCACCAAUCACUUACCCAGCUCGUUGGUAAAGUGUGUCCAUUUUCAUGUUCUGACCCUGUCUCUGCAGAGCUGGCUGGGUCUGAUGUUCACAUUUCUGCAGGGAUAGCUGUAAUACCAGUACCUGUCUUUCUGUCACUUUGCAGUGGGGCCAAAGCUCUUGCAGUAUGUGCUAAAGGUGCUUGUGCAGUCAGUGCAGUUACUGUACACAUUGCUGAGGAUAGAUCAGCCAUCCUACAUUCUCCUUCAGAAUCCCCCAGGCCUACCCAGUAUAGCUGUUGCCUGGGUGGCAGGGCUGUGCUGGGGGAGCAAACUCAUCAUUGAUUGGCACAACUAUGGGUACACCAUCAUGAGCCUGAGUCACGGGAGGAGCCACCCACUGGUCCUGGUUGCAAAAUGGUAUGAAAAGCUUUUUGGGCGCUUGUCUGACUAUAACCUGUGUGUCACUGAUGCCAUGAAGAAAGAUCUCUGGGUGAAUUUCAAGAUAAAGGCUGUAACAUUGUAUGACAGACCAGCAUCUUAUUUUAAGGAAACACCACUAGACCUCCAACACAACUUGUUCAUGAAACUUGCCAAGGACUACGAGCCCUUCAGACCACGAGCUGUCAGCCCCGGUGCCGAGAGCUCGGCCUUCACCCGGAGGGACGGCAGCAGCGGCAGCGUGCUGAAGGCCAGGGACCGGCCAGCCCUUCUCAUCAGCAGCACCAGCUGGACAGAGGAUGAAGAUUUCUCAGUCCUUUUAAGAGCUUUAGAAGAUUAUGAGAGGUUUAUCGAGGAGGGAGCUGAGCUUCCAGCUUUAGUGUGUGUGAUAACAGGUAAAGGACCUCUAAAAGAUUAUUACAAUGGACUGAUCCAAAAGCUGCACUUUAAGCAUAUCCAGAUCUGUACACCAUGGCUGGAGGCUGAGGAUUACCCUCUUCUGCUUGGCUCAGCAGACCUGGGGGUGUGUCUCCAUAAAUCCUCCAGUGGUUUGGAUUUGCCCAUGAAGGUGGUGGAUAUGUUUGGCUGCUGUUUACCUGUGUGUGCAAUACAUUUUGAAUGUUUACAUGAGCUGGUGAAGCACAAUGAGAACGGGCUGAUAUUCAGGGACUCGCAGGAACUUGCAAAACAGCUGAAGAUGCUUUUCUUGGAUUUCCCAAGCCUGGAAGGGAAACUUGCCAGCUUCCGAGAGAACCUGCGAGUGUCCCGGCAGCUGCGCUGGGACCAGAGCUGGGACCGGACUGUUCUUCCCUUGCUGGGCAACAGGGAAUGACUGGGGGAAGGAGGGUGUCAGACACAUUCCUGCAGCUGCAGGGAUUUGGGAAACAGUCAAUAAAGAUUUUGUAUUGUCUGCA